AUGGGUCAGCAACAAUCCGCCGAAAAGGGCUCCUCGUCAAAGUCCACUUCUCCCCUGUCCGAGAGAGAUAGAGAACGAGAGAAAGAGAGAGACCGAAGAGUCAACCGGAGAGUCUCCAUCCAGGCCUUGACCCACGGUCGAGCUGCUACUCCCGUUGACCCUUCAGCCUCUCAGGAGACCGCUGUCGCCCAUACCACUUCGCAACACCUCGAGAAAGCUCCUCUUCAACAAUACCUUCAGAACUCAUCUUCCCCCGAACAUCAUGCCAGAAUCGCGUCCAAGGUAGAGAGGUCCACGUCUGGGUCCAGCAGAGAUAAGAAGCAAGAUCUCGAGCAUAGGCCUAAGGAACCUAGGCAUCAGAUUCCCGUACCUGCACCACAAACCUCCACUCCCAUGGACGUUCCUGCUUCUAGGAGCAAGCAAGAUACGAUCGAAGAGAGAUUUGAAGAACAUCGCAAUGCCUACAAUGAUCGCAGAUACACCCCUGUUGCCCAGACUCGUCCACCACGUCUUCCUCUGCCCAUUGCCGAUGUCUCCAUCCCUGAAUCGCCAACCAUCCUUCCAGCAGAUAGAAGCAAUGCCGACAUUCCCAUGUUCGAGACCGAUGAACCUCUGUCUGCUCUGGAACCCGAAUUGCGGAGAAAGAGUUCCAUGCUAAGCGAAGCCACCACUCGUUCCGAAGAAGAUGUUGGCGAUGAAUUGCAGCCCUUUCCCGCCGAGAACAACAACUCUCAGACCGUCCCUACUGUCAUCGAAUGGAAUCAUGGCGGGCACAAGGUUUACGUCACCGGUACUUUUGCAAACUGGGAGAAGAAAUACCGACUUCAUCAAAGGAAGAAUGCCGAUGGCAUGUUCACAACGAUCAAUCUGCCUUCGGGAACCCAUCAUCUCAAGUUCGUUGUAGAUGGUGAGAUGGUAACAAGUCCCUCUUUGCCCACAGCUGUCGACUUCAACAAUUUUCUCGUCAACUACAUCGAAAUUGCCACCGAAGAUCUUUCCAAACCACGACGAGAGAGCACCCAACCGGGAACUAGAACCUCAGCAACACCAGGUCUUACUGCAGACGAGCAAGAUCAGGGCAGGUCCGGCGCUCAGACCCCGGAUGAGUCGGUUACCGAUGAGCUCCAGAUCGAGGAGAUACCAGCGGGAGACUUCCGACGCAUCAUUCCACAAGCCUUGGUCGAUAUCGACCUCCCAGAGGAAGAUCCAAGAAACCAAACGGCACAACGAAUCCUCACCGAGGUUCCGGCUCCUCCGAGCCUGCCACUCUUUCUAAGUCGAUCGAUUCUCAAUGGUGUUCUUCCAGUCAAGGACGACAACAGUGUCUUGACAUUGCCUAAUCAUACGGUUCUCAAUCAUCUCAUGACAAGUAGUGUCAAGAAUGGUGUCCUGGCCACUAGUGUUACCACGAGAUACAAGAAGAAGUAUGUGACGACAAUAUCGUUCAAGCCAGUCCCGAGAUUCCAAACUGCAGCUUAG